AUGGACAAGUUGUCACUGUAUUUCCUGGUCGUCAUCGGCCUCCCUGGAGCUUUUCUCCAAAGCGACAUGCAAAAAAAGGCCUUUGUGUUCCCCAUAGAGUCCGAUAAGUCCUUUGUAACCCUGUUUGCUCAGGUCCAGGAGCCAUUGAAGGCUUUCACCGUAUGCCUGCGAGUCUAUACCGCCUUGACCCGCCCAUAUAGCCUCUUCUCUUACGCCACCAGGACACAGAGCAAUGAGAUCCUCCUCUUCAAGGACAGGAGUGGAGUAUACAGCGUAUCUGUGGGUGGCUCGGACGCCUACUUCAAGACUCCGGAGAAGUCUUAUGCACCAGUGCACUUCUGCAUUAGCUGGGAGUCCAGCUCGGGGAUUGUAGAGCUCUGGGUGGAUGGGAGGCCCAUGGUGAGGACGAGUCUGAAGAAGGGAUACACUGUGGGGGCAGGAGCAAGCAUCAUCCUGGGGCAGGAGCAGGAUUCCUUUGCUGGGAACUUUGAUACGAACCAGUCCUUAGUGGGAGACAUUGGAGAGGUGAACAUGUGGGACUUUGUGCUGUCACCAGUCGAAAUAAACUCCGUCUACAAUGGUAAGGCCUUCAGCGCUAACGUCCUGAACUGGCAGGAGCUGAAGUACGAAGCACAAGGUGAAGUGUUCGUCAAGAACCAGCUGUGGAUCUGA